UAUGCUUCAGCAUGAACCGCUGAGUAUCCAGAGCUGGCAGAGAUGCGUUUCAGCUGUUUGAACUCUUCUUUGUCUCUCCAUGAACUGUGAAACAGAAGAAUGUGGAAAAGUAUCCCUUUCCUUUUUUCUACAUGAGUGAUAAGAGCACAAGAUCAUUACUGCAAGUUUGCUGCAAAGAUGAGUUCGGAGGAGAAGAGUAUAUCUCCUGCUCACAAAACAUCCACUCCAUCACAUAGAAGUACCUCCUCUUCAUCAUCAUCUCAGAGGGAUAGAAGGCAGAGCAUUCAUAUUUUGGAGCGGAAGGCUUCUUCAGGAAGCACAGACCUUUCUUUAAGCAAACAGUUCCUUGAAACAGACCCUAUUUCUCUAUCCAAGGAACCUGACAGCUGGGAAAUCAUAGAGGGCCUGAAAAUAGGCCAGACCAAUGUCCAGAAGCCAGACAAACAUGAAGGUUUCAUGCUGAAAAAGAGAAAAUGGCCUUUAAAAGGUUGGCACAAGAGGUUUUUUGUCCUGGAUAAUGGAAUGUUAAAGUAUUCGAAGUCACCAAUUGAUAUUCAGAAGGGCAAAGUACAUGGGAGCAUCGAUGUUGGUUUAUCUGUUAUGUCUAUCAAAAAGAAGGCUCGGAGGAUAGAUCUUGACACAGAAGAGCACAUCUAUCAUCUGAAGGUGAAGUCCCAGGAUUCAUUUGAUGCCUGGGUUUCAAAACUACGCCACCACCGGUUGUACCGUCAAAAUGAGAUUGUGAGAUCUCCAAGAGAUGCCAGCUUUCAUAUAUUCCCUUCAGCUUCCACUACAGAGUCUUCACCAGCUGCCAAUGUGUUAGAUGGAAAGGUACAACAAAAUAGUUUCCCAUGGCAGUCUCCUAUACCAUGCAGUAAUAGCCUUCCUGCAACUUGCACUACUGGUCAGAGUAAAGUAGCAGCUUGGUUGCAGGACUCUGAAGAAAUGGACAGAUGUGCAGAAGAUCUUGCUCAUUGUCAGUCAAACCUUAUGGAACUCAGUAAACUUCUUCAAAAUUUAGAAAUACUACAGAGAACCCAGUCAGCACCAAACUUCACAGACAUGCAGGCUAACUGUGUAGAUAUUUCAAAGAAAGACAAGCGGGUCACAAGACGAUGGAGAACAAAAAGUGUCAGCAAAGAUGCAAAAAUUCAACUUCAGGAAGGGCCUGCGCCGAAGGGCCAGUUCAACACAACACGACGCCGGCAGAGACUAGCAGCUGCAGUGGCUACAACAGUCCCUUUCAGUGCUACAAUGUCACCUGUUCGGCUGCAUUCAUCCAAUCCCAACCUUUGUGCAGACAUUGAAUUUCAAACUCCCCCAAGUCACGUCACUGAUCCACUGGAGUGCUCUACCGAGUACAUCAAACUGCAGGAAGAAUUUUGCCUGAUGGCACAAAAAGUGCAUUCUCUUCUGAAGUCUGCCUUUAACAGCAUAGCUAUAGAGAAGGAGAAGCUUAAGCAGAUUGUUUCAGAACAAGAUCUUACAGGCCACAAUGCACAAAUAGCACACCUCCGACAGUCCCUCUCUCAGGCUCUCAACCAGAAUGCUGAACUAAGGAGUCGCUUGAACAGAAUACAUUCAGAAUCUGUUAUUUGUGAUCAGGUUGUCAGUGUAAAUAUUAUCCCUAGUCCUGAUGAGACAGGUGAACAAAUUCAUGUCAGUUCGUUGUCCCAGCAAGUUUCUAAUGAGAGCAGGCUCUCAAUGUCUGAAUCUGUUUCAGAGUUCUUUGACGCGCAGGAAGUGCUCUUGUCUGCCAGCUCAUCAGAAAAUGAGGCUUCUGAUGAUGAAUCUUACAUUAGUGAUGUGAGUGAUAAUAUAUCUGAGGACAACACCAGUGUUGCAGACAGCAUUUCUCGGCAAAUUCUUAAUGGUGAGCUAACAGGAGGUGCAUUCAGGAACGGACGACGAACUUGUCUCCCAGCUCCCAGCCCUGACACUAGUAACAUCAAUCUGUGGAAUAUUUUGAGAAAUAACAUUGGCAAAGAUCUUUCCAAAGUGUCCAUGCCAGUUGAGCUAAACGAACCUCUGAAUACUUUGCAACAUCUCUGUGAAGAGCUGGAAUACAGUGAACUGUUGGACAAGGCUGCUGAAACUGAUGAUCCCUAUGAACGCAUGGUUCUCAUAGCUGCUUUUGCAGCAUCAGGCUAUGCCUCUACAUACUUCAGAGCAGGAAGCAAGCCAUUUAACCCAGUGCUUGGUGAAACUUAUGAGUGCAUUAGAGAAGACAAAGGAUUUCGAUUUUUCUCAGAGCAGGUUAGCCACCAUCCUCCCAUUUCUGCCUGUCACUGUGAAUCGAAGAACUUUGUAUUUUGGCAAGAUAUCAGAUGGAAAAACAAAUUCUGGGGAAAAUCAAUGGAAAUUCUGCCGGUUGGAACAUUGAAUGCAACUCUUCCGAAGUAUGGAGAUUACUAUGUCUGGAACAAAGUCACUACCUGCAUACAUAACAUCCUUAGUGGAAGGAGGUGGAUAGAGCAUUAUGGAGAAAUAACCAUCAGAAACACAAAAAGCAGUGUUUGUAUUUGUAAGCUCACAUUUGUCAAGGUAAACUACUGGAAUUCAAAUGUAAAUGAGGUCCAGGGUGUUGUGAUAGAUCAAGAAGGGAAAGUGGUACAUCGCCUUUUUGGAAAGUGGCAUGAAGGCCUUUAUUGUGGGGUUGCGCCUUCAGCCAAAUGUAUAUGGAGGCCAGGCUCCAUGCCAACCAAUUAUGAACGUUAUUAUGGCUUCACAAGGUUUGCUAUUGAGCUCAAUGAAUUAGAUCCAGUACUGAAAGAUCUUCUUCCUACAACAGAUGCACGAUUCAGGCCAGAUCAAAGGCUUCUGGAAGAAGGAAAUGUAGAAGCAGCAGCAAUAGAGAAACAAAGAAUAGAGGAGCUCCAGAGAAGUCGGAGGCGGUACAUGGAAGAAAACAGCAUUGAAUAUGUACCCAAAUUUUUUAAGAAAGUUGUAGAUGCUAAUCAAAGAGAAGCCUGGGUUACCAAUGACACCUACUGGGAACUGCGGAAGGAUCCUGGCUUUAGUAAAGUAGAAAUCCCCAUACUCUGGUAAACUGAGAAUGUAGAUCUAGUAAACAUAUCACUCUCUGAAGAAAAAAAUAACUAUGCACAAUAUGUUUCUUAUAGCUAAGCGUGGUUUGUGGGUCUACAGAAAAUCUAUCAUUUGCAUUUAUAUUCAUCUUUAUAAAGGACUUUUGAAAGUGCAUUAGACCAGGCCCCUGACCACUUCCGGAUCUUUUUAAUUUUGCAGCAGCCAUGUUAAAAAAAAAAAAAAAAAAAAAAAAAAAAAAAAAGGAAAAGAGAAAAGAAAGAAAAAGAAAUAAAUAAAAACCUUUUAAAGUUUCAUAUGCUGAAAAUUCUGAACAAAAGAAGCGGAAGAAUUAUCCAAAGUCACUUGGAAGAGGUGGUAAACACAAAACUGCAACUGGUGCUUUAAACAGACAUUAAGAGUAAUGUAAUUUAAAUUUAAAAAAAAAGGAAGAAAAAACAGAAAAAUCCAUUUUGUUUCAACUAUUUUUGUUAAAAACUCUUGGGUUAUAACACUGUCAUUUCUGGCUUCAGGUUAGUCCUUUGGUGUGAUGUGCUUGGACUGACCUGUGACAAAAAGACGUAAGACAUGCUUUUCUGGAAGCUGUUCCCAUUCAUAUGCCAUUGUUCAUGCCUUAAAUGAAGUAUGAAGUAUAGUAAGUCAUUUUAAAAUGUGUAUGCUUAGGACUGUGUGGAGGGCAGAUUUUUAAAGCACUAGGAUAUUACUGUAUUAAUAUUGGAGAACCUGUAUUUAAAAUCAAAAGACAGACGAAUAACUGUAUUUCAGAGAAAGGAGACCUACUGUACAUGCUUUAGCUUUGGGAAGCUGACUGUAUAAUCAGACUGAAAAGAAACUACUGACUGGUUAAAUUUGAGACAGUUUUGAUAAAUGCAUUUGAAUUGCUGGUCAGAAAGUUCAUAUUCUAAAUGACUGAGGCUGGGAUGUGAUAAUCAUUUAUACACUGAUCUGACAUAGCUUCACAACAUAUCUCAUUUCCCCCUGUUUAUACAAUUAGAAUUCCCUGAAGCUUUGCAACAGUGUUAAAAGCACAGAAACAUUUCAUAGGAAAGUCUCUGCCUUCUCUCCAGAAGCUGGAUAGUACUGUGAACACAACUAAUAUUUUCUGCUACAUAGACCAUAUACUUUACUGGCUCUGUUUUCUCCUCAUCUACUUUUCUUACCUAAAUAUUGUGUGAGAGUAGGGCAGAUGCUCCCAUGCUUUGUAGCUAACAACUUCUUGUGUUGCCAAAAUAGCUUUUAUGCAAAAUUAUAUUUUACAUUUUUUUCAUAAAGUGGUCCUAUAUUUUUUGAUUCAGAACCAAGCCUCUUAUGUGUUGUUAUGCCUCAUUUAAUAUAUAUAAGGGAGGAGGUCUGGCACUUUCUAUCUGAUAAUUUCUGAAGCACUAAAUAGUAGGAGGGCAGAUUUUAUAAAAGAAAAAAAAGGUAGUUUUAUUAGGGAAAAAAUGUAUUUCACACAGUAUGAUCCAGUUGUCCAUUUAUGCAUAUAUUAUACAUUCAAGCACUGAGGACAGGCUAGAUUUCAUAUAUAUUUACUGUCUUUCACAUAUAUAGCAUACAUAGUGCACUUAAUUUUUUCUAUUUAAGAUAUAUUCUAGUACUAAGACUAGAUAAAAUAAAACAAAAUUAAAAUUCAGAUAGGUAUCUGAUCCUGCCAGGAGAGCUGCUUGAACAGUUCUCAGUAGAGUACCACACAUACACAGCUCUUUGCAUGCCUGUUCUUUUUGCAGUCAGGUCCUUACAGAACUAAGGUUACUGUGAUUAUUUGGUAUGCAUUUAGUUCUUCCGUUGCUUGUAUAGGAGAGCAACUAGUUACUAAUGAAUUCCAUUUUCUUCCCAUAGUUAUAAGAAAAAAUAUGAAAGCCUAAAGAAAAUAUUGGAUAAAACUUAUGAGAAUUUUGAAUACUAAACAUUGCUUAUGAAUACUUGGUGUAAAAACUGUGUGCAGAUUAACAGGAUUUGUUCCAGAGAAAACCUUGAAGUAUUCAAACAAAAAAUCUCGUUCUCUUUGCUGAUAGAACCAGAUCGGAAUUCUUUCAGAGUUUUUCAGUGGUUAUUAUAAAAAAAUGAAAAUACAUCAAUUUUGGUUUUUUAACUGUAUUAGGUUAACUUCUUCCUACUUGCUCUAAUAGCAUUACACUAUGAAUCAAAUCUGCACAUUGUGUGCAAAAUGGCAGUUAAUUAUUAUAUCGCUUUCCUUAAAGAUACCAUUAUUAAGCAUUUGUGCCCCUCAUGUUCCAGUCCCUGUGAGCAGGUUCACCAUGCCGUUUGAAAGUAUUACUUGUGCAUGACUGAGAGUACAUUUGAGAGACAAGAGCUGCAUGUCCUCAAGUUUUUUGAAAGUUGGAUCGUAGUUUAAAUACAGAGAUAAGGUGUUGAGUUUUACAGUGUUUUGCUAGUGUUUUGUGAAUGCCAUUCUUUGCAGUGCAGACUGAAACCUGGUGAACCUAAAGAUGCUAUCACUGCUUUAAUUAUUUUUACAACUGUUUAUCUGAUACUCAUUGAAAGAAGAAUAGCAUUGACAUUAUUAGAAUUUUUAAAAACCUGUGAUAUGAUAAAUCUUUGUAUUGAAGGCACUUUUUAAAAUUACUGAAUGUUUAAUUAGUGAAUUAAUAACUAGAAGAAAUGCAAAACAACACAUCACAAAAUGGUAUUUUUCUUUGUCAGAAUUCUAAAUGCACUAACAAAUAUACUGUAAAGCAUUUUCUUAUAGUAUAGAAUUCUCUGGAUUCUCUGCAAAAUCUUCUAUUAAUUUUUUUCUUGCCACCUUGGGGGACACAGUGACAUGUUUUCUAAAGGGAAUUGGUUGACAGAAGACAGGUCUGGGGGCUUCUAUCCAAACUAUAAUUUUUGAACAACUCUGAAAGAGCACCUGUAUCGAGUGCAGGUGCAGAGCUUUGCACUUCUCUCUACUGAACUUUGGAAAGUGUCUUCUGGCCCAGUUCUCAAGUUUAGGAAGCUCCUUGUGGUCAGCGCUCUGCUGUUUGGCAUGUUCCCUGAUCCUCCUAAUUGAAGUUGCAGGGCUGCAGUCUACGUCCUUGGGCAGGUCGCUGUUGGUGUUGAACGAUGCAGGGCCCAGAGCCAACCCCGCGGCACCGUCCCCGUCCCUGGUGCCAGCGGGGGUAAGGCAGCCAUCCCGCCCUUCGAGCAUGACAACUCGGGCAGCUUUCAGCCCAGCUCACUCCGUUCACCCUGGCAAUAUUUUCUUUUGAGAGGCACAAAAAAUACUUCUCUGCUCUGUAGGCUUUAUUGUUCUAGGUUUGAUAGGUGAGGAGAAAGUGCAAACCAGUCAAUAUUUAAAAAAAGGUCAACUAUUAAAAUUUCUAACUUGGACUACAAAAAGGUAUCCUGUGCUUUCAAAUGCCUUUUUUCAAAAUUCAUUUCUGUAUGAAAUACAUAAACCUUAUGCUUUAUCAACAAUGGUAAAUGGUACUUUCAAUUAAUAUUUUACAAGCAUACCUUAGUUUGUUCCCUGUUCUGGUACUGGGGAUAUAAUAGGAUAAUACUAGCUAUUAUCGUCCAAGGUAAUGUCUUAAUGGAGACUUAAAUAGCUUCAUUGCUAUUUUAAAUCUCUGUUAACAAGAUGGCAGAUUUUUCUGCAUAUUAGAAGUUGUUAUCCCACUGAGAGAUACAAAUUGAAUGAGUCUAUUUUCAUACAGUCUCACUGUGAUUAAAACGUCAUCUAGCCACUCAUUCUAAUUUUAAACAGGUAUAAGUUGCAUGAAAUAAACAUGUUUGCAUUUAGCUUUAGAAGUAAACUCCCAAUAUAACACUCUUACAAAUGAUGUUUUGCAUUUUCUCUUACUUUGAACUUUUGAGUCAGAAUUAUCUUUUGUGGCAUUUGUGGUUUUUAUUUGAAUAACACAUACUAGGCUGAUGUCAAGUAUGCAGUACGUACGCACGAUACAGUUUUAAAAGCUACCUUUAAAAGAUGCCCUUGAUUUCCUACUGAACAGUGUUAGAGAUCCACGGAAACAAAUCGUGCAAACCUUAAGGCGUAGUUCUUCCUAGAGCAGCGUGCCCAGGAGCCGGUGCUGAGCCUGCUGCACCGUACUGUGCGAGGAGUUUGCUUCUGGGCUCUGCCCUCCUUUCUCUGCCCUGAACGUAGCCUGUGACAGGGAGGCCAGGCACCCUGCAUGGUUUGCUGGGCAGUAUGGAAAUAGCAUGGGUUCUUCUCUUCCUCAAACUAGGGAGAGCAGGGCCCAGGAUAAAGCAGGAUGCACUUAGGAUUUCUCACCAGACUUGAAUUUUUAGAAAUGCUGUGGAAAGGCGAGGAGUUCCCAUGCGCUCACACGGUGCUUGAGAAGGCUGCACAUGCUGAUGGUCCCUUAGUUUUGCAAAAUUUGUUUUUGCUAACAAAGGUCUUUUACUUCAGGGAAGAUUUGUAUUGUCUCCUUAUUUUAAAAGAUUUUGGAGUUCUGCCUGGUGUUACCAACAUUAGCUGCUCAAAGUGCAGUUGGCACUUCAUGCAGUAGUAUUCAGAGGAAUUAACUCUAUUUUAGGUAUUGCUACUGACACUGGAGGUACAUAAUGAAAGCAAAGGGAGACUUUUAAAGUUAGAUCUACCUGAAGUUAAUAAGGCCUGUGUAGGAGAAAGGCAUGUGUAUUCAUACACUAAAUGACAGGAGGUAUUAAGUUAAACAGAGUUCAGCCCAGCUAAGGAAAAAAGAUUAAUAUUGACAAAAAUGAUUAAGAAACAUCAGAAUGCCCUAGCUGGUCAAGAUGUGCUAUACACAGACCUUGCAGAAAGCCAGCAAAACUAACUGUGUCUUAACUGCUUGUUUUAGCAGCUGAAAAUGUUAGGGCUGAAAAUAUUAUCUAAUGUUUUGUUGUUGUCCAUCAUUAAGUAAUAAGUGUCAAAAUUGUAGAAAACUUUAAUUUAUUCUUUUAAGCACAUAAUGACAAAAAUCAUGGUGCUCAGGGAUACAGUUGUGACUAAUAUUCCUUGUCAAUCUGCUCAAAAUUGCGGAAGUAUCUUUAGUAUAAAAGUAGUUUAAUUUUCUACUUUACCAUACCUGCCUUUUUUUGUUUUAAUUCCUGUAUCACUCAGAAGAUGACAGUGAGUUUCAUGGAGAGAGUUGGGGCAGGGGGAGAGGAAGGAGGAGGGCUUGGGAUUUUUGUUUUUGUUUUUGUUUUUUUUUUGACAGAAGAAUCUAGACUAAGUGUGCCCAUAAAGAUUUAAUUAUUCCUAGGGAGGCUAUCUCCCUGGGCUCCCUCAGAAUAGUGAAUACCAUCCACAAGAAUUUUACAAAUCUGAGUAAACUGAAAUAAAUGAAUAAUUUAAAGCAGUUGGUUUUCUUUUUGUAUGCUAUGCUGUAAGGGGUCUACUUACAAAAGGUAAAGCAUUCUUUAGAGAAUGUAAAACAGCUUUGAUGUUCAUUAGCUUUGACAUAAGCUAAAUUUUCUAAAUUGAAAAAUGUCUUUAUAAACCUCCUUUAAAGGAUUUUUUUUAAUAUGGUGUCCUGCACGUUUAAAAGGUAACUUUAAAAAGUUAAAAAGUAGAUGUUUUAUAUGCCUAUCUCCUCCUUUGUCAACUUUUGUUGUAUUAUAAUCCAUCAUGUUUCAAAAAUGUUUUUCCCUCCCUUAUGAUCUUUGACAAACCUGAAAAAAGGAAAAGGAGGGAGAGACUACAGUGGAGAACCAUGAAACUAGACACAGCAGUUCUCAGUGGCACGAAGUUAUUAAAAAAUAGUUUUCUAGCCCUUAUUAACUGAGAUGUCAGAGCAGCUGUGAAUUCAGUUUCAGGAUGGAUGUGUUAAUACACUUUUACUUUCCACUGAUCAAUGACAGCAUGGAAAAAUGAAGGAUUUUACUCAUUGCUCAGAAAGAAUUUUGAACGUGAAAGGAAGCUUUUAUUCCUUUUAUAAAUAACAAUGACUGUAGACAGCAUUUGGCUGAAGGUAUGUUGCUAAUGUGAACAAAGAGAAUUACUUGUUUUAAAAAUAAGGGAACCAUAAAACUGGAAUAUAUCUUCAACACCACGUAAUAUAGUCUGUCUUGCAUAUUCUGGACAUGUGGUAAAGCUGCCUAUUUAUACUCCCUGAGGAAUGAUCCAGAUGUUGUCUCCUGUGAAACACUAAAAGAUAUUUCCAUGUUUAUUACUAUUUGUAAUGGUCUGUAUUAGUGAAAGAGGAUAAUGGUGUUUAGGAUGUCAUAUGUGAACUUCUAAUCUUGCUGGCCCCAGUCAUUAGGGAUGCAAAGAGGAAAGAGCUGAGCAGAUUGUUUCAAAAGGCAGAAGUGGGUAGCAUAAUCUUUUAUACCCUGAGUAUCCUAAUAAUGCAAGUUCUAUAAAAGAGCAAUACUUGCUGUGAUGAGUGUUCAACCAGAAUGAUUCCUUUUCCUUGAGGUACUUGCUCCUUGGGCCCGUCAGUUUGGCCACAUACACAACAUCUUUCUGUUAAACUCAGCUACCAUUUAGCAUUACAGUUCUGGCAACUAGAGCCCAGGGUUGCCUUGUCAGGUCCUCAGAGGGCAGACAGUGUCUAAGGAGUCUAAGAUUUCUUGUCUUGUAAUCUUGUGUUGGAUAUUCUCUCUCUUUCUUUGUUAAAUUUACCUGGGCAAGGAAUAUGAAAUUAAUAUUAACCAAGCUAAUGUUAGCUUCGUUAAUCGUCAUUGGUUACUCCAAAUUGGUUAAUGUUAGCUAAUGUUUAAUCCUCAGUUUCUGCCAGAUAAAGGAGAAUUCUGAAUAGCUUUUCUAACUCUGUUGAAUAAAUUCAGAUGAGAUCUUUGCAUUUGCUUAAUAUGUUGUAAAAAUGCCUUGAGACUGCAUUGCCAAUUAUAAAUCACACAUAAAUAGAUCUAAUCUGCGUCAGUAACCUGUCUUGAAGUCAAGACAAUGAAAACUGUCAUUUCAAUAGGAGGUAAGGAAUUGGGUCUAUUAUUGAAGUAAGUGUUACUGGUGUCCGUUAGUGGUUGAAAUGUAGUAUAGCAUACUCAGUAGUUUUGCAGUAAAUUUUAUUUUCACCUGAGUGACUGACAAGACUUGACUGCGAACUGAGAAAUAAAUUUUGGUAUGCAGGCAUAAAUUCGAAGAUGGCAGCUUCUAGCUUACUCAAGCUUUCACUCUAAUAAGCAGAAGCACUGUUCUUAUUCGUUUAGAAUUAUUUCUAAACAAAUUAUUUUCAAACAUUCAUUCCUCACUAAGAACAAAUUACAUGCCAAGUCUGAGUUUAAAAAUAAAACAAUGUUUAGAGCUCCACAAACUUGAAGAAUGAUUGCUUUAUUUUGCAACUAAUGCUCAGAUCUUGCUAAAUCUCCAGCUCUUGGAGCAAGGCAGACCUAUAAUGCUCAUCGCUAAACUUUCAUCCUUGGACCAAAAAGAGAUACCAGUGGACUUUUCUGGAUGGGAUUCUUUGUUUCUUUGUAUAUUGAUUUAAGUGUAUGUUAUGUACUAUAAACCCAGCAAGAAAUCAGGCUGUUAGCAUCUGAUGUCAGAAAUCUUUUCCUUCACCAAAACACACAACAAACUGCUUGCUCUUUACUGUUACUGCUAGGUUGUCUGAAGAGGAUGCUGUAUUCAGCAUAUAAAAAGCCAUACUAAAAUUAAACUACUGAGACAUCCAGAGAGAUCAUUAUGAUAGUUCUAUAUUAGGAUAUUAAGAUAUUUUCUUUUUUUAACUGGUAUCAAGAUUGUUGUCUUAAAGUCUUUAUCUACCUCCCUUUGUAUAAUUAUGUUUGUUGGAUUAUAUUUUCUGAACAUUUCAACAGCAUAACAUUCCGUAUUUUCUCUCCUUUUUUGCACAGUUAAUAUGAAUUUGAAAUAAUGUCAUACUUUUUUGGUGAGGUUAGAUCCCAUGCACACACAUGUGAAGUGUAAAAUUCCAGAAUUUGUACCCUGAUCUUUUAGAAUCCCAUAUAAAAGUAAGGUUUAGAUAAGUAGUCAAUUUACAUUGCUUUACUGGGCUGCAUUAGUUUUAAUGGCAUUUAAUUAUAGAUGGUAAACAGCCACUUAGCAGGCCAGAAAGUGAAAACAUGAAUAGCGAAAAGAGCAUUCUCUGAUGAUCGCCCAUAUCCCUGUGUGAAACCCAGAUCUGUUGCUUUCUUGUACACCUCUUUGCAUAACAUCCUUGUAAAAGGAGAUUCUCUGAAUCUUUCCAGUGGGGUUGUGCUGUUUUAUAAAAUUUAGAAAUAUGUACAGAAACUUGCUUCACACUUUUCAAGAUGAAUUUUAAAGGCAGAUAAUGUAGUUUCUUUCUAGAAGGUGAGCAUGUAGAGUCAGUGCUACUUUUAAAUACCAGUAGACAAUGACUAUUCUGAGGGAAAUAAUAGACUGCAACUGCAAAGGGUCUGUGCACAUAGAUGCACCAGAUAAGAAUUUUUCUGUUUUUUGAAAGCAAUAGAAAACUGCUACUUGAGGGAAAGAAAAAAAGGUAGAGAAAGCAUUAAACCUCACCUACAUCACUUCAUUUUGUGCUCAGAAGUUCAUUGUGGACUUCCAUAAAACAUAAGGAUGCUAAAGGAUGCUAAAAAAUUCAGUGCCAUAAUUUCUAAGUAACUCAAUAGAAAAUUCAGUUGAUUUGCAAAUCUUUGUUUUGAAAACUGUAUAAAGUAUUUAAAGUAUUGCAAUUUUUAAAGCUGUAAAUGCGAGCCUUCAUACUACAUUCAGUAAUUUAACAUAAAAAAGAAAAGAAGAACCUGAUCUUGGUUGUGGGCUUGCAAAUGCGUGCAGUUAUGCUGGAAAAGUUUGAAAGGCCUUUCAGGAUGAUAAUUCUUUACAUCUUGUUAAUUCCGUAUUUCCAAAUACUGACUAUAAUUGUGUCUGUAAAAGCACCUCUGUGGCUUACAGUUACUAAGCAUCAACAGUUAAGAAAAAAACAUAGAUAGAUUUGCAAUAUAGAAAUUGUAACCUGUAGGCUUUUAUUUCAAAUGCAAGAGUUAAUCAACAAUGCCCAUCUCAAGAUUUUUUUCUUCUUCCUCUUCUUGGACUCUGAUCUUGCACACGCAUCAAUAUAUAUUUAAACAUACAUCUUGCAGACAGUCGCGUUGAAUGCAGUUGAAAAAGAUGCAGAUAUUAAUGUUCGAAUAAAAAGACUCAACACUGACACUCCUAAGAAGUCAAAAUAAUGGUUACACCAGGCUUUAUAACACUUCAUUUUUAAUCCUUACAUCCUUAAACAAAUGAGCAUUUCAGCAGAGGAGGCUGAGCUCCUGUUGGGUCUCCAUUGAACUCAGUGAGCCUCCGUGUGAGUGGGCAUCUAGCUGCCAAAACUGUAUUUCAACUUUAGGCCUAGUAUGAACAGUCAGACCUAGGUAUUCAACUAGUUAAGCUUAAGCUGUAUUUUAAAAGUGCACUGCCUCGUGGAAGUUGAAAGCCUGAAGCACAGCAGGUUUGACUGCUUGCCAGUCAGAGCUAGUAUGUUUGACUUUCCAUUGCCUCUCCUGCAUUUUGGGACCUUGCUCUUGUAGUAUUUAAAAGUCGGUUAACUUUACCUUCUGUGAAAUUCAAUUACGUAUGACAUUUGUAAGAAAGAACAGGAGACGACAUCAGUGACUGAGUUUAUAAGAACAUGUCUUACUCUGGCGAGCUGAGCUGUAAUACCAUUUGCAAUUCCUCUCCCCGUUUUCCUGAGCUUUCCCGCAGGACGGUGCCAGCCCGGAGUGAGGGUUGCUGGUGCUGUGUGCCAGUGAGGAAAGGAGACUCUGACUUGUCCUUCCGAUUUGCAGAAGGGGGGUGGCUGACUAAGAGCGUGCUCCUGGUCGCAGCCCACAACAGCAUGAAUGUGAGAAAGUGCCUCCCCUCUCUCCCUUUAGGCGUUAGCACAUACAGAAUUGCUUUUUUUGGUAUAUUGAGUUCUCUGGCUACUUCAGAGAUUGAGCCUGUUUGCUAGCCAGGAUGGAGCGGUAAGGAAGCGGUUUAAGUUCCCGCGUUACGCAGCUGCAGCGCACGUACUCUGUGUCUUUGCACUAGUAGCAGGUUUUGAACAUCCUGUUGUAGCAAUGCCGAAUGCAGAUGAGGCCUCGCGCUGACUACCUCCGAUGCAAUAAAUAACAAGCUCAUACAGUAGCGGAUGUUGAUUUCAGGCCUUUGGCAACAGGAGCAUCUGUUGGCCACAUGAUUUGAGGAGGCGGUAGUGGUGGGGGGAAUAAUAAACAAGAGAAAUUCAUUUAAUUAAGAAUUUAUUCCAGUGCAGUAUGUGGUGAACACAAUACCCAUAAUGCCAGCUCCGACUGAGGGAGGUCCUACAGCUUCUCCUAGGAAAUGAAGGUGAACUCGGCUAUAUUGUACUUUAUGUUGUGCUCUAAAAUGUAACGAAAGAUGCCACCUGUUUCUUUCAGGCUGAGUCAGAUAUACCUGGAUAUUGUGUCAAAAAACACACUCUCAAUUCUAGUUUUUGAGGAAACGUGAUGCUCUUUUACCUGUUGCAAUGUAAUUGGAUAAUGCAUGUACAAAUGACUUGUUUAGCCUGCCAAUGAAUGUUGCUAAUGCCUUACCAAAAAACAAAAAGCAUAUUUUUUGUAUUUUUUUCCUCAGAGGCAAAUCCAAACAAUGCUAGAUUUGGGAAACUGUUUACUGAAAAGCAUUUUCUAAUAGAUCUCUGAAGAAGUGCAAUUGUAUAAUUAUUAUUGUUCAGUGCAUACAGUACGUUGUCUCCAUCACUGUACACUGCUGCUAUUAGUGCUUGUUCUAAUAAAUCUCAAUGUACACUGUUUAAA